AUGUACAAACAGGCCAUUCACGACCUCGAGAAGGACUUUUGGAAGGCAGGACAGGAAGCAAGGCGAAAGAAGACUCAGGCGGCAGAGAAGGACGCAAAGAAACAGAAAACGCAGUACGACCGGGUCUACAACAAACUAAGUGCCACGGUGGACGAGAAGGUCAAGGGCAUGGUUCCUGGUAAUGUACAUAUUUGGACGGACCCGAAAAAUGGCCGUUGGAAGGUCGGCGAAAAUGUCGCCGGCAAGGCAUGUGUCACUCAAGCCUGGGCUUGGGUGGAGCACCACGAAGGACUCGUCGAUCCGUGCUUUAAGUACUGUGCCAUGGUUGGACGACCAAAACUGAAAGAAGUCGGACUGCAGCGCCUGCCGUCGGCCUGGGCACUGAAGACACGGCCGGACCUGCGGGAGGCAUACUUGAAAAAAGCCCACGACGGCUACAAUCAGAAUCGAGCUGAACGAAAGGAGUAUGAACGAGCCCGACGGACAGAAGUACCUGCUUUGUCUUCGACGGACAAGCCAGUACCCGAAGUUCCUCUCGGCGACGACUUUGAAGGACGUGGGGUUUUUCGCUUCACAGCCGAAGACCCGUUGCUCGCCGAAGGACUGCUGGGUCGUGGCACGUACGGGGAGGUCUUCGCCUGCCGUUUUCAAUCCCUCAAGUUGGCUUUGAAGGUCGCCGUUCGCACACCCGACAAGGACACGGCAGUUGUGGACGUGCACAAGGACGGUUUGGAGAAGACGUGGGACUUGACCCGAGAGUACACCGUCAUCAGCCAGGUCGGACCUCACCCGAAUGUUCUGCAGCUCUACUCGUUGGUCACCUCCUCGACUUCGCACACCGGCAUCUUGAUGGAACGUGCAUCUUGCGAUCUGUUCAAGGUGGUCCGGGAGCUCAAGACGGAGGACAAGGACGAUGGGGUUCCCUGGACCACCCGACGGACUCAACUAACAUCCUACUUUCGGCAGACACUCGUAGGCUUGACGUAUGUGCAUGGCAAGAACAUCGUGCACUUGGACGUGAAGACGAACAACUUCCUCGUCUUCCUCCCCGAAGAGCGAGUGGUGCUUUCCGACUUUGGCUUUUGUCGAGCUUUGCCCAUAGGUGGGAAAUGCAGGGUCAGAGCUGACGAAGUCUACGCGGCGUACUACCGGCCGAUCGAGUUGCUUUACAGCGGUGCCGCCAAGGUGGAGGUCGGCCUGCGGGCAGACAUGUGGGCAUUCGGCGUGGUGGCAUGGGACUGCUAUGCCCGCAGUACAAGGUCGCUCUUCGCUCCGGACCCGAAGGCCUUGGUGAAAACCUCAAAGAGCAUCGAGCAGGCCCUGCUGCGGUUCCACACUGCGUGGCGUGAGAAAGCAACCGAUUUACACUUGCUGGACGACGACAUCGCUCAACCCACCUUUGCUGCGUGCUUCCGACUCGAGGACGAAAGACGAAGUUCACAGGACUUGUACAGGGAUCUGCGGUUCCGGCUGGUCCAGACAGUGGAAAGUGCGAUUUAA